AUGACCAACCCUGCGAAGCGGAGUCUCACCGCCAUCGUCGCCGCGACCGUUGACGGAGGUAUUGGACGAGACGGCGGUUUGCCGUGGCGGCUGCCGGGAGAAAUGAAGUACUUUGCUCGAGUGACGACCGGCGAGGACUCGAUGAUGGCCGGGAAGCGCAACGCAGUCCUGAUGGGACGGAAGACGUGGGACGGCAUUCCGACAAAGUUCCGGCCGCUGAAGGAGCGUCACAACCUUGUCAUCUCGCGCGCUGGCGUCGAUGUUUCUGGCGAGCAGAGCACCUCCGCCCACGGCAGCCUCGUGGACGCUAUCGAUUCGAUCCCCGCCGACACGCACCGGGCCUUCCUCAUUGGAGGAGCACAGCUGUACAACCAGGCUCUCCCCGCCCAUGUCGACCGAGUGCUCCUCACCCGCGUUCUGGGGCACAUCCCGUGCGAUGUCUUCCUCGACGAGUUCACGGCCAGCCCCGAGUGGCGACAAGCCACCCACCAGGAGCUGUGCGACUGGGUCGGCUGGGACGUUCCCGAGGGCGAGGUUGAGGAGAAGGGUAUCCAGUACCGGUAUGAGAUGUGGGUGCGCAAGUAG